GCGCCAGCAAACGCCCAACCCACACAAACCACCACCACCACCCCCACAUUGGACCCCCAAUUUCGCCGCCACCCUUCGAACUUCAAUGAAGCAACGACGCGGCGCCGGUGGCAGUGCGGUUCCCGUCGCGCGCGCCGCCCAACUUGGCGACGGAUCCGCUCAGAUUGCGGCCAGACGCCUCGUACCUUCAAGCAUCAUGUCCAUCCUGGCUGCGUUCGCCGCGAUUUGGCUCAUCUCGCGUGGCCCGCCUGGCUCCUUCCGCUCGGGCAGCAGCGAAGCGAUGACGGCGCUGGUGACGCCCGCACACGCCCCACGCACGACGGAUCUCUCGUUGUUUGCUGGAGAGCACCAGCGCAGGCUGUACUGGGGCUCGUACAGGCCGAACGUGUACUUUGGCAUGAAGCCGAGAGCGCGAACGCUGCCGUUGCUGACUGGGCUCAUGUGGCUCGAUCACCGCAUGCCAGACCCCAUCGGAGCGAUUCGCCAUACAUGCGAGGAAGCAGACCAUCUGCGGCGGUAUGGCUGGACAAAGCACGACGGCACGACCUACGGCAGGCAGGAGCUGUUGGAUGUCGGACUGUCGCUGACGACCGAGUUUGCAAAGGACCUCUCGCGGCCAUUGCAUCCCGAGUACAAGGCACCCGAGAAUGCACACCCGGAAUUUGUGGACGGCGGCGACUGGGCGGCCCGCGUGUCGGUCAAACCUUCCGCGCGCUCAAAGCAGCAGCAUGGCGCCGACGGGCAACCCGAGCAGAACUUUGUGUCCCUGUUCUUUUACGCGCUCAUUGACACAUCCGACGCCGAUGGACACGCGCACCUGGGCUCUGGCGACUACGCCCUCCAAGUCCUCCCCGACGAAACGACCGACAGCUCCAUCACCAUCCAGGGCUCGACUCCCUCUGUCGGCACGUUCCGCUUGCAGCUCAAUGUGCGCGCGUCCGAGCAGGCCGAGUUGCACUGGACGGCGGUGGCCACACCGCACGUCCACAAUGUGACGGAUCAACUGCGCCACCUGUUGCGUGAGCAAAUUCGCAGCGCCCGUGUCCUGGCCUUGCCCAACAAGAGUCCCGCCACGCGCGACGCCAAUCUGGUGCUGAUUCAGCUCUCUGCGGAAGUUCCCGUGGUGGCCGAUCUUGCCUUUUAUUUGACGACGCCCACCAGCGCCGCCCCGUCCUCCUUCGCUGACGCAGCAACCUUGACAUCGGUGCUGGCGCAGCGCGAGGCUCAGUUUGACAGGGACUUUGAGGAUCGCUUCCACACCGCCAGCAACUUUAACAAGACAACCACUGCGUUUGCGAAGGCCGCUUUGAGCAAUCUGCUUGGAGGCAUUGGAUACUUUUACGGGCGCGCAAAAGUCACGACUGGGAUUGAAGGCGACCCCAUCGUGCCCUCACGGCCCAUGGCUUUGUUCACGGCGGUUCCCUCGCGCUCGUUCUUUCCGCGAGGCUUUGUCUGGGACGAGGGCUUUCACGAGCUGCUCGUCUUGAAGUGGAAUCCAGACCUCACGCGCGAUAUCUUGGCGCACUGGUUUGAUUUGAUGAACCAGGAUGGCUGGAUUCCACGCGAAGUGAUUUUGGGUGCCGAAGCCGAAAGCCGCGUUCCGGCGCAGUUUGUCGUUCAACGCGCGACGCAUGCCAAUCCACCCACCUUCUUGAUUGCCCUUGAUCGCAUGCUGCGCACGGUGCAGGUCAGCCAGGACGAAGCCGCCAAGCAACGCGCUUUUCUCGUUCGCCUCUACCCCCGACUCCAGACCUGGUUUGCCUGGUUUAAUCGAACUCAGUCCGGUCCUGUUGCCGGAUCCUACCGUUGGCGCGGACGAGAUGCGACGACUGAUCGAGAGUUGAAUCCGAAGACUCUCACUUCGGGAUUGGAUGAUUUUCCAAGAGCCUCCCAUCCGUCAGACGACGAGCGCCACGUCGAUCUCUUUGGGUGGAUGUCUCUCGCAGCACGCCUCAUGCACAAGAUUGCCCUCAUUUACGAGCAAGAGCUCUCGCCAGACAUCAUCCUCCCGCACGGUUUCUCCACGUCCAAGGACUACCAACGGCUGGCAGAGUUGCUCGAUGCGCAGCAGCUGAAGCGUUUGCAUUGGAAUGGCGAGGCGGGAAUGUUCUGCGAUUACGGCAAUCAUACCGAGCAGGUCAAACUGGUCUGGUACACGCCUCCUCACGUCCGCGAAGGGACCAAUCUCGUGGCUCAGCGACCGCAACAAAAGCGAGUGCUUUCCAGCCCGAAUGCCAGGCCGACGCUGCAGCUGGUUCCUCAACUUGGCUAUGUGUCGCUCUUUCCUCUUCUGCUGGGCGCGAUCAAUUCGGACGACGAGGUUGUGCCUGCCAUGCUGCGCAGCAUGCGCGACCCGGAUCGCCUUUGGACGUCGUUUGGGUUGCGCUCCUUGUCCAAGGACAGCCGCUUUUACCUCAAGCACAACACCGAGCACGACGGUCCGUACUGGCGCGGCCCUGUGUGGAUUAACAUGAACUAUCUGGCUCUCGGGGCGCUGCAUCGCAUUGCGCAGUCCGAGUCUUCGUCGGCGGCGGUUGCGCAAAACGCGGGCCAAAUCUACAGCGAGUUGCGCAGCAACAUUAUUGGGAACAUGCUGUCCGAGUACCAUCGCACGGGCUACAUCUGGGAGCAGUACGACGUCGUGCCCGAGAAUCUGGGCAAGGGCAAGGGUUCGCAUCCGUUUACGGGUUGGUCUGCGUUGGUUGUGUUGAUUCUUGGCGAGGUGUAUUGAUGUCGACAAAGUGUGGUGUGGUUUCGAAUAAACCGUCACCAAGCGUACCAGUCGAGCAAGCUGCUUUUGCUUGCGAAUGGGCGUAUUUUUG